GGGCCGCGGACCGGAGGGGCCCGAGCGGCGGCCGAGCCCGAGCCAGAGCCGGCAAGGGCGGCUACGGUCCCGGCGGCGGCGGGAGAAGAUGGUGGCGCUGGAGGUAGGAGCGGCCCGAGCGGAGCUUGAUUCCCAGGCUCGGCACCAACGCUGUCGUUAGAGCCGCCUGCUCCCGCGGGCCCGCGGACCCAGCUGUCAGGCAAGGUGGGGCUUCAAAGCAAGAUGGAAUUAAAACACUUGAUAACAACCAGUGAAUGUGCCGGGUGGAGCAAAAUGAGAGCGCAGUGAGCCGGCCCAGCCUCUCCCCCAGCCGUCCCGACGCCCACCAUGAACCACUUGGCGGCGUCCGCGGAGGUGGAGGUGACCGACGAGGUGGCAGGCGGGGAGGUGAACGAGUCGGUGGAGGCUGACCUGGAGCACCCCGAGGUGGAAGAGGAACAGCAGCACCACUAUGCGGGCCGGCCCCUGCGCGGCCGCGCCGUCGAGGACCUCCGCACCCAGCCCGGACCGCAGGAGGAGGAGGAGCGCGGGGAGUGCCUGGCGCGCUCAGCCAGCACCGAGAGCGGUUUCCACAAUCACACCGACACGGCCGAGGGCGACGUGAUCGCCGCGGCCCGCGACGGCUACGACGCGGAGCGCGCGCAGGACCCAGAGGACGAGAGCGCGUACGCAGUGCAGUACCGGCCCGAGGCCGAGGAGUACACGGAGCAGGCGGAGGCCGAGCACGCCGAGGCCACGCACCGCCGCGCCCUGCCCAACCACCUGCACUUCCACUCGCUGGAGCACGAGGAGGCCAUGAACGCGGCUUACUCGGGCUACGUCUACACGCACCGGCUCUUCCACCGGGGCGAGGACGAGCCCUAUGCCGAGCCGUACGCCGACUACGGAGGCCUCCAGGAGCACGUGUACGAGGAAAUCGGGGACGCGCCCGAGCUGGACGCGCGCGACGGCCUGCGGCUGUACGAGCAGGAGCGCGACGAGGCCGCCGCCUACCGCCAGGAGGCCCUGGGCGCGCGGCUGCACCACUACGAUGAGCGCUCCGACGGCGAGUCCGACAGCCCCGAGAAGGAGGCAGAAUUCGCUCCCUACCCGCGCAUGGACAGCUACGAGCAGGAGGAGGACAUCGACCAGAUCGUGGCCGAGGUCAAGCAGAGCAUGAGCUCGCAGAGCCUCGACAAGGCGGCCGAGGACAUGCCCGAGGCUGAGCAGGACCUGGAGCAUGUCCCUUCUCCUGGCGGGGGCCGCCCCGACAGCCCCGGGCUGCAGGCGCCGGCGGGGCAGCAAAGGGCUGCAGGCCCCACGGGAGGCGAGGUGGUGCAGCGGUACAGCAAGGAGAAGAGGGAUGCCAUCUCUCUGGCCAUCAAGGACAUCAAGGAGGCCAUCGAGGAGGUGAAAACCAGGACCAUCCGUUCGCCUUACACCCCCGACGAGCCCAAAGAGCCCAUCUGGGUCAUGCGCCAGGAUAUUAGCCCCACCAGGGACUGUGAGGACCAGAGGCCGGUGGAUGGGGAUUCUCCGUCUCCUGGCAGUUCCUCACCCCUGGGUGCAGAGUCUUCAGGUACACCCCUUCAACCCAGUGACCCUGCGGAAGCCUCCACACAUAAAGAGUCAAGAAAAAGCUUGGCUUCAUUCCCGACCUACGUUGAAGUUCCUGGACCUUGUGACCCUGAGGACUUGAUCGAUGGAAUCAUUUUUGCUGCUAAUUACCUUGGCUCCACUCAGCUGCUCUCAGACAAAACUCCCUCCAAAAAUGUGCGCAUGAUGCAGGCCCAGGAAGCAGUCAGCAGGAUCAAGAUGGCCCAGAAAUUAGCCAAAAGCAGGAAGAAGGCUCCUGAAGGUGAAUCUCAGCCAAUGACCGAGGUGGAUCUCUUCAUUUCUACUCAGAGAAUCAAAGUAUUGAAUGCCGACACACAGGAGACAAUGAUGGACCAUCCUCUGAGGACCAUUUCCUAUAUCGCAGACAUCGGAAACAUCGUCGUGCUGAUGGCCCGCAGGCGGAUGCCCCGCUCCAACUCCCAGGAGAAUGUGGAAGCCUCCCACCCAUCCCAGGAUGGAAAGAGGCAAUACAAGAUGAUCUGCCAUGUCUUCGAGUCCGAGGACGCCCAGCUGAUCGCACAGUCCAUUGGGCAGGCAUUCAGCGUGGCAUACCAGGAGUUCCUCAGGGCCAACGGCAUCAACCCAGAAGAUCUCAGCCAGAAGGAGUAUAGUGACCUGCUCAACACCCAGGACAUGUACAAUGACGACCUCAUCCACUUCUCCAAGUCGGAAAACUGCAAAGAUGUCUUCAUAGAGAAGCAGAAGGGAGAAAUCCUAGGUGUGGUGAUUGUGGAGUCUGGCUGGGGAUCCAUCUUGCCCACCGUGAUCAUCGCCAACAUGAUGCAUGGAGGGCCCGCAGAGAAAUCAGGGAAGCUGAAUAUUGGGGACCAGAUCAUGUCCAUAAAUGGCACCAGCCUGGUGGGCCUGCCUCUCUCUACCUGCCAGAGCAUUAUUAAGGGCUUGAAGAAUCAGCCCCGGGUGAAGCUGAAUAUUGUGAGGUGUCCUCCGGUGACCACCGUGCUGAUCAGGAGACCAGACCUCCGCUACCAGCUGGGCUUCAGCGUCCAGAAUGGAAUCAUCUGCAGCCUCAUGCGAGGGGGCAUAGCUGAGAGGGGAGGCGUCCGCGUGGGACACCGGAUCAUCGAAAUCAAUGGGCAGAGCGUGGUGGCCACCCCCCACGAGAAGAUCGUGCACAUCCUCUCCAAUGCUGUGGGGGAGAUUCACAUGAAGACGAUGCCAGCUGCCAUGUACAGACUGCUGACGGCCCAGGAGCAACCCGUCUACAUCUGAGGCCACGCCGGCCCCUGGAGGUGCGCAUGGAGGACUCCCUCACCCAUGGUUGUGUUUCUCGUGCUGCAUCUGUGUGCCCUCUGAGACAUCUCCCUCUCAUGCCCAGCAUUCAGUUUUACGCAGGAAGAAAAGAAUCCUCGAAGACCUCUUCGUGCUCUCUCUCUCUCUCUCUCAUUUGCGUUUUUGUUUUUAAUACCAGGGAAGUUGUGUGUGCUCUCCCUUGAGAAUGGAGAGCAGCCAGGGGCUAGCUGGUGUCUGCCCAGGACUAUCCUGAAGGGCCCCUGAGGCUCCUGAGGAGCACCGUCACUGUCCAAGGGGAAUGCUCUCUUCCCAAGGGGUGCAGACCUUCCAGAGGAGCUUCCGGGGCAGCGACGAAGCUGACUCAGCAGCGCCUACAGUCCAGUCACUGAUGUCUGCUCUCCUCAAUUUACGGGAAAAUGAUAGGAACGAGGGCCAGCCUGUGUCUUUACACCCACCCACCAUGAACUUGGGCCACCAUAUAUUAUUUCUGAGCCAAUCCUGUGCCUCUUCUGUAGCUAGUUUUAGUUUCAACAUAAUUGUGUUUUCUCAUGUGAGCCUUCUCACCCAAGGAUGGAAAGGGAACUGCCUUGGACAAGGACACCAUCAUGUUGGAGAGAGCUCGGCAAUUCCUCAGGUGUCCUGGGGUUCCCAGUCAUCACACAGAUGGGCAGGGGCCCGCUGCCUCCCUGUCACACAUGUGCAUAUUCAGACCCACCUGUUCACAUACCAGCUUCCCUCCCCACACCAGUGAGGCACACAGAGCCCCUAGACAGCCCACACCACCUGGGCCCCCAGCAUUCCAGUGGGCUCCCCGCACGUGCCCCCCGACACCCAGGGGGUCUAGGGGAGAGGGAUCGCUCUCCUUGAAGCUGAGGAUCAGGACGUAAUUGUGAUACGCUGUCUGGCUCAAGGUGGGCCCAGUUUUCUUCUCUGCUCAGGGCCGGGAGGUAGGAUGUGACAUUUGAAACACCAGAACGGUACAUAAACCACAAAACUAAGGGGUCAAGAACGACCUCAGGCUACGUCUCAGAAUCCCCAAAUGGGUUCCAGAAACAUCAUUUGCUGCUCGUGGGUCUGAGGAGUUUUCAAUCGCUGUGGAAUGUUGCAUGUUUCCAUCGGGGGCCUCGUAGUCAUGGUCUGUCAGUUCGGUGCCCAUGUUUUAGUAAUACUAUUCUGAGCCAGCUUUCACUUAUUCUUGGUCCAAAGAGCAUCUUGUUUUCAUGUGGGUGGGGUGUGGCUUGGUUGGGUUUUUGUUUUGUUUUGUUCAUGACCUCAGCAGAAGCAGGGGAAGAGAAACUAAUAUAUUUUAUAAUAUUAAUGUAGUCCCUGUUCUCUACAUCUGGGAUAUUUAUGUGUGUCUGUGGAAAUAGGAACUCGGUGAGCUCACAUUGGGUAGCAUGUAUUUAUAUGUUGAGUGGGGGGACUUCGGGGAGGGGGAUAUGAAAUAUAAAAAGAUGAGGACCAAGAGAUUUCCAUGACCAAGUGGUGUGGUCUGCUCCCCUGGGACCUCUGGACCUUCUGAGUACCUGGUUAGAGUCAGGAAAGCAGACUGACUGAAAGGUGUCAGCGGCUGAGCUCUGGCUGUGCUGUGAGCCCUCGCAAAGCCCAGAUGUCCUCUCAGGAAGGUGCAGCCCUUUCUCCAGAGGUGCCAGGUGGGCAGGCCCAGGCUUCUGGUCUCCAGCUCACACUGCUGGGAGACCCCCACAAGCACGAGGCGUCAGGAACUGUGGUCCAGGUUCUCAUUUACCAAACUGCAGAAUGUCUGAUAAUAUACUCAAAUGCUAAAGAGUCAUAUGUUUAUCUCGCCUCUGCCAAAAAGAGACGGUGAGUAAAACGGGAAUGUAGUGUCAGCAGUGGCAUUUCAGGCACCAGGUGCCUUGGUAAAUCACGAGAGGGGCUCGUGCCCCCGGCUGCCAGUUGGGUACCAGGACUGCCUGCCCAGGCACCUGCACAGAGGCCUGCUCAUGACUGGCCAGUGGAUGGGACUCUUGUCUGCACCUCCUGUGCAAACUCCCAAAGAAUUACAUCUGGAUAUCUUCACUCCAGGAGGGGGAGGCAGAACAUGCCUUCCGCUGUUGCACGAGAAUCUUGGGAAGUUGCACGGGUGCCGAGGAAGCCAUGUUGGUAAGCUCUCCUAGAGGACAGCAUGUUUUAGUGUAAGAGGAGGAUUAUCCACUGCACACCUUCACCCCGUGCGGUGGCUCCUCACACCCAGGUAGGAUAUGUUUCUGGAGCUCAGUACAGGUUCACCCACCUGAAGUGCAUCCUUUUCCCCCAUCCAUUGGAUAGAGGGAGUUAACCUACCUUCAGUGAACCAGUGAGGCAGGAUCUUGUAUGUUAGUAACUCUGUGUCUGAAGGUCCCCUGGGAAGCGGUGAUCUGUUUCCCUUGACACCCCAACAUGCAUAAUGAUAAGUGUAAAUAUCUGAAUACCCUGAGUGAUGGGGAAGACUGCACAGAACAGCCUUCCCAAGCAUGGCCCAGGCAAAAAACCACUCCUGCUGCUUGGGUAAGACAUGCUGGUGACUCAGCUUUGGGGACAGAUUCCCAGAUUCAUCUACCCCUUUUGGUCCAGCCAGGGUGCACCAGAACCCAUCCUGCCUCUGCCUGCUCACUGGGACCAUAUCAGGGAGCCACUGUCAGCCUUGGGUUUGAGAGAGGAAGAAACCCUCAGAGACCAAUGCCUGGAGCCCCCGCCAGCAGAGCGGGUUCCUCGGGGCUCUUCGCCCCUGCAGCCAAGUCUGCUUUCUCAACAUCACCCAACACCGGCCUCAGAGAGUCCCAGAGUAACCUACUACCUCCCCCAUCGCUCCUGCCACCCCCGCGGCCCCCGUGGGCACCCAGCUCCCCAUCUGCACGCUGACGAAACCCAUCCACGAGCGCUCUGUGGGCCCCUCCUCCCAGGGGCGUGGCUGUUACCAAUGUUUACAACCAAGAGCCACCUCCUCUCAGACAUGUUUACUCUCCCACUUAAAAGGCCUCUUGGUUUGAAUCCUGCGUCUGUCUGCUCCUUCCCUCGUUUGGGUCCACUUGAACACCCAGCCCUGAUUCUGUGCCCCCUCCAUCAAGGCAGCGGGUGAGGCCUGUGUGGGAAGGAACUCCUUGUACAUAUUCAGCACAGCCCCUGGAGUAUGAACCUGUACUCUUGUUCUGUAAAGAGGGUGAAAUAGAGCUUAUUGUAAAGCAUUGGGAGAAGUAUAGUAUUGUAUUUGUAACAAUAUUGUUCUUUGUAUACACAAAACUCAAUGAUCUCUAUAUAUAAAUAUAAAUUAUAUAAAUAAAAUAUCUAUACACGUGAGCCUGGAAUGUUGAUGCGGCACACCCACUGAAUGUACUUCCCCUGACAGUCUGGUCACUGGGCCCAGCCCACCCUCCCCACCUCUGUACCAUUUGGGGGGUUGUGAUGUAUUUAAUGUGUUCUUUUCCUUUAUUUAACCUGAACGCUAAUGUCUGUAAGAGUUGCUGCAACAAUAAACAAGAACUUCAUCUCUUG